UCUCUGUCAACAAUCUUCAUAUAAAUUGGACACGAACCCCACCAAAUUCUAAUUCAAACAAAAACUCUGAUACCCACAUUCACAAUUUUCUUUUGAUUCAAUUUCUCUUCUUAUUCACCGCCAACUCAAAUCCUUUCGCUCUCCCCUGCAUUUGCAUCAGUGGAGCCAUCAGAUUCUGGAGGAAUCCGGGAAUCCCUUGUUGUGAAGAGAGUCUAACAAACACAAAUAGUUUCUUUGGUCCAUCAUCAACUGACUGUUCUUCAAGAAUCGUCAUGGCUUGUACUUCGGUGGCUAUUGGCAAUUCUCCAGUCGCUACAAUGGCAAAAGAGAUCAUCUUCAAAGAAUAUAACGGGCUUCGUCGUUCGCAUUCGAGCAAGGACGUUAGAGAACGAGCUUGCAUCAAAAGAUCUUAUUCUGAUAACCAGAUUUGUUACUCUGCAAAUAAAAUUUAUGCUACUUCAACACAGCCAAAGCCAAAAAUCAAAAAUAACAACUCUACGGGAAUGGGGAUUUUUCCUUUGAAAUUCUCAGGGUCUUUUCUUCCUAAUGCAGUCAGAUCAUUUUUGUUUGACAUGGAGGAGACCUCAAAGAAUCUCACUAGUGAAGAGGAGGUGACAAAGAGAGCAAACUGGAUCGAGAGAUUGUUGGAGAUUCGAAGUCGUUGGCGGUUAAAGCAGCAAAAAGGAGGACUUGAGAAUGAUCUUUAUGCAGAUCAUGAUGAAUCCGCUGAGAGUUUAUGUGGUGGAGAAGAUGGUGGCUGUGAAGUGGAUUAUUAUGACUCUGAAGAUGAAGAAGGGCUUACUUUUGAUACUGAAUCAUUUGCAAGAUAUUUGAUUAGGAUUCCAGUGUCUGAUACCAAGGUGUUUUCUCAGUUGGCUUUCCUGUCAAACAUGGCAUACGUUAUACCAAAUAUCAAGGCAGAGGAUCUGGAAAUAUACCAUGGCCUGAAAUUUGUUACGUCCUCCUUGCGCAAGAAAGCAGAAGCAGCAGCCAUAAAUAUCAAAGAAAAACUUGAUCAGCACUCAACUUGUAUUUCUGAUGAAGCCUUCAAUGUUGGUGAAUCUUGUUCAGUGGAAGCCUCGGAGGUGGAGAGGACACAAGAAAUCCCCACAACUGUUGCUUAUGAGAUUGCGGCAACAGCUGCAUCUUAUGUUCACUCGAGAGCCAAGAAUACUUCAUCCCACCCUUUGGAAUCACAAGAAAAGGGAGACGGUUCGACUCGAGCGUAUAACCCUGAGGUAGCUGCCUAUGUUGCAGCUUCAACAAUGACUGCUGUGGUUGCUGCUGAGGAGGUGCAGAAACAGGAGGCUGCAAAAGACCUCCAAUCUCUUCACUCUUCUCCUUGUGAAUGGUUUGUUUGUGACGAUACCCACACCUUGACCCGAUGCUUCAUUAUUCAGGGAUCAGAUUCCUUGGCAUCUUGGCAAGCAAAUCUUUUUUUCGAGCCCACCAAAUUUGAGGGGACAGAUGUGCUUGUUCAUAGAGGAAUAUAUGAAGCUGCAAAGGGAAUAUACAAACAAUUCAUGCCAGAAAUUAUAGACCAUUUGAAAAAAUAUGGAGACCAUGCAAGGUUUCAGUUUACUGGCCAUUCUCUUGGAGGCAGUCUUUCCCUUUUGGUGCAUUUGAUGCUACUGAAGAAUGGGAUUGUCAAACCUACUAUGCUUCAACCAGUGGUCACUUUUGGCUCUCCAUUUGUGUUCUGUGGUGGACACAAGAUUCUAAAUGAAUUGGGUUUGGAUGAAGACAACAUUCAUUGCAUCAUAAUGCAUCGAGAUAUCGUUCCAAGGGCCUUCUCCUGCAACUACCCUAACCAUGUCGCUGCUGUACUCAAGCGGUUGAGUGGAUCAUUUCGCUCGCAUUCUUGCCUCAACAAAAGUAAAUUACUAUACUCUCCAUUGGGUAAGCUAUUCAUUUUGCAACCUGAUGAGAUGUCAUCUCCCCCUCAUCCUAUGCUCCCUCAAGGAAGUGCUCUCUAUACUUUAGACAGCACCCAAAACGGGUACUCCAAAGGUCUUCUUAGGGCUUUUCUAAAUUGCCCUCAUCCACUUGAGACACUAAGUGACCCUACAGCCUAUGGGUCAGAGGGCACCAUUUUAAGAGACCAUGACUCAAGUUUCUAUCUAAAGGCUUUGAAUGGGGUUCUUAAACAACACACAAAGAUGGGUGUUGGAAAAGUCAGAAAUCAGAGGAAAUUGUUAUGGCCAUUACUUGCUUCACCAUCUCCAGACCGAUGGAGCCAUGAUGGAAAUUUGGACAAUAAUAAUAGUUUGCUGUCCAAUGAGAUAAUGACAGGUGUCUGAGACUAUUUUUCAUGAGAUCUGCCUUGCUUGUUGAAGACGGAUGGCUCAGUUUUCAGCUUGGUAAUCAUCUUGUAAAUCAACCUCUGUAAAUGCAUACAAUAAUAUAUUUUUCCAGAAAGGGAAUACAAGAAAAAAAAAAAAGGAAAAAAAAAGAAAGAUAAGUAAUUGGGGAGGAAAAA